AUGUUCUCAUCGUUCUUCACCGCUGUCGACCCUACCGCACAAAAUCUCUUCCCUGUCUCCUCACGAUAUGAACCUAAGGAUCUCGCCGGUGAAUUAGAACUCAAAGAUCAGGCGUGGACUUGCGAUGGUGGAUUUGCGACGGAGACGCAGGUCUUCUACACUCUCGCCGAUGAUGGCACCGCACUGAUGUGCCAAAUAAUUCAUUCUGCAGUCGGGGUAUGGUAUCCCACUGUUCAGUUUACAUGCAGGAUCUUUAAUCCGAAGACGGACACAAAUGUCUGGAGAUCGGUUAAUGUUGCCAACUUCGUUGCUGGCCCGCCUGGCCUCGACAAGAGAUCAAGCAAAUCAGAUCAGUUCUCCGUCACAUACAAAUCCAAUCCCGGCUCCGACCACCCAGAGUCAUAUGUCAUCUCUGCCAACCUUGGUCCUGACUUGCAGAUCUCCCUGGACGUGCAGCGUCCGGCGGCGAUCCCAGGAUGGAAGGUCGGCAAGGGACCCAAAGGAGGGUUUACAUAUUUUGGGCCGGACAUCGAGAAGCCAGAGGGUUACGUGGUGCAUCGGUUCUGGCCGCGAUACAAGGCGACUGGACAUAUAAUCCGCAAUGGCCAGGCUAGCGCAGUGGAGGGACCCGGGAUGUUUGUUCAUGCCAUCCAAGGAAUGCGCCCAGAUGUCAUCGCGCAAUCUUGGAACUUCGCCCACUUCCAGAGCGACGAGCUUGGCGGAUGCUCUGCUAUCCAGAUGGAGCUCACGACUCAGAAGUCACACGGAAAGAAGGGAGAUGGUUCAGGCGGGGUUUCAGUAAAUGUCGGAUCGUUGGUCAUUGGCGGGAAACUCGUCAGUGUUACUGCUGAGACCCAUUGGCCCGGAGAGUCCUCCCAGGGAGACAUCGUAUCUCGGGCAACGCACCUCAAUCCGACGCACGAUGCAGAUACUGGAUACGGCAUACCGAGCGAAAUCCUCUUCGAAUGGGCUGCCCCUUCAAUCGUCUCCGGCACUGAUGGCCUCGUCAAAGCCUCAGUCAAAGCCGAUAUCGGAGACGUGAAGCAACCGAAGGGCUUGAUUGAGAAAGUUGACGUUCUCGCUGAGAUACCAUACGCUAUCAAGAUGGUGGUCAACUAUGUUGCUGGCACGAAGCCUUACGUCUACCAGUGGCUGAACCCUGCGACACUAUCAGUCAGUGGUCCUGAGUCUGUAUGUCCUGGCUCGAGCCUUGAGAUUGCAGGCAAACUGUACAAUGAGGCGACCUUCAUAUCGUAA